CCCAAUAGAUCAGCAGCAUGAAUAUUCACAAUUCACCAAAAAACGCAUCCUGACUGUGGAUCAGUGAUGUCAGCUCUCCUUGGAACGCUCACACUGUAUUUUGCGUGAUUUUGUCACGUCGCUCUGGCGGCCGCUUGACAGGGGGGGAUUCUGGUUAGGAGAGCAUCCUCCGUCGCGCAUGACCUUUCCCCGGUCUCCCUCCCCGACGUCCGCCCGCACCUCUUUCGCGUGUCACGCUAAGGUGACUUUCAGGCAGUUCUUUCCACUUUUUUGCGCACAAUGUCGGAGCGCCACAAAGAUGCACACCGAGGACGCAGUGGCCAAGCAGACCGCCCGGGUUGCGCGUGAGGACAUAUGCAAGCAGUCAGGUAGUUUAAUUGUCAGACCGAGCGUCUGUUGUCUGUUUCAGUGGAGUCACGGCGCUUCUUGUCAUGUGUAGCAGGAUUCCAGGGAUUCAGAUUAGCUCCAGUCUAAUCGCUCUCACAAACAGAUGCGGGGCGCGGGGAUGCUGGCUGUUUUCGUUACACUACACCCUGGGUUUAUUUAAUUUCCCCCACUGCGUCUCAAUGUCAUAAUGGACAGGUUGCACUCAUCCAUGCGUAAAAGGCUCUACAGUUUGCCACAGCACAUUGGACAGAAAGCAUCCAUAAUGGGGGAAGGAGAAGACGCAGACAAGGACACCCGGAGGAAGAGCAUUAGGCUGAAGCCUCUGCCGUCGCCGACCUCUGGGGUAAGCUGCAAAGGCAUCGGCGAGACCAAAAGUGGGGAAUCUGUGAUCAUGGAGACGGACAUGGGGAGACCACUGAAAACCAGCUCAAACGGGGACUGCCGGAGGUUUCGCGGCAGCCUCUCGUCCAUCACCAGUCGGCAUGUGCACGACUCAGACUCGGCCGAGGCGAGACGCCUCAUCACCGAGGGGGAUGUCACCCCGAGCGAGGAGAGCCCCCCUGGGGUGAUCGGCGACGAGCAGCCGGACGAAGGUGCGCUGGGCGCCAGCGGUGGCGCCCAAACCGACCCUCCAGACCAGCAGGCGGGUUUUAUAAAGUUGGAUGGCAUCGAUCAGAUUCUACCGGACGACGCUGGGUUGUAUCAAGCCGGGUUCAUCCACAGGCAGCUGGGAGCGAUGCUUCAACCGGGGGUCAACAAGUUCUCCCUGAGGAUGUUCGGAAGUGAGAAGGCGGUCGAACGGGAGCAAGAGCGAGUCAAAUCGGCCGGGUUUUGGAUAAUUCACCCAUACAGCGAUUUCAGGUUUUACUGGGACUUGACCAUGCUGCUGCUGAUGGUCGGCAACCUCAUCAUCAUCCCCGUGGGCAUCACCUUCUUCAAGGACGAGCACACCCCCCCAUGGAUCGUUUUCAACGUGGUCUCAGAUACAUUCUUCCUCAUGGACCUGGUCCUCAACUUCAGGACGGGCAUAGUUAAAGAAGACAACACAGAGAUCAUCCUUGAUCCCCAGCAGAUCAAGAUUAAGUACCUGCGCAGCUGGUUUGUGGUAGAUUUCAUAUCCUCCAUCCCCGUGGACUACAUUUUCCUCAUUGUGGAGACACGCAUUGACUCGGAUUUCUACAAGACAGCGCGUGCUUUACGGAUUGUGCGCUUUACAAAGAUCCUCAGCUUGCUGCGGCUCCUGCGACUGUCUCGACUCAUUCGUUACAUCCACCAGUGGGAAGAGAUCUUCCACAUGACCUAUGACCUGGCUAGCGCCAUGGUGAGGAUAGUCAAUCUCAUCGGUAUGAUGCUGUUGCUGUGUCACUGGGAUGGCUGCCUGCAGUUCCUGGUGCCCAUGCUGCAGGACUUCCCAGCUGACUGCUGGGUGUCCAAAAAUAAGAUGGUGAAUGACACAUGGGGACAGCAGUACUCCUACGCACUUUUCAAAGCUAUGAGCCACAUGUUAUGCAUCGGGUAUGGCAUGUACCCCCCAGUGGGUAUGACAGACGUCUGGCUGACCAUCCUAAGCAUGAUUGUGGGCGCUACUUGUUACGCUAUGUUUGUGGGGCACGCCACUGCUCUCAUUCAGUCUCUAGACUCAUCUCGACGCCAGUACCAGGAGAAGUACAAACAAGUCGAGCAGUACAUGUCCUUCCACAAGCUUCCAGCGGAUAUGAGACAGAGAAUCCACGACUACUACGAGCACCGCUACCAGGGGAAGAUGUUCGACGAGGAGAGCAUCCUGGGGGAGCUCAACGAGCCGCUCCGAGAGGAAAUCAUCAACUUCAACUGUCGAAAGCUGGUGGCUUCAAUGCCUCUGUUUGCCAAUGCCGACCCCAACUUUGUCACCUCCAUGCUAACCAAGUUGAGGUUUGAGGUGUUCCAGCCUGGCGAUUACAUCAUCAGGGAGGGAACUAUUGGCAAGAAAAUGUACUUCAUUCAACACGGGGUCGUGAGCGUCCUCACCAAAGGCACCAAAGAGACCAAGCUCUCGGACGGCUCCUACUUCGGGGAGAUUUGUUUGCUGACACGGGGCAGGAGGACAGCCAGUGUCCGAGCCGACACAUACUGUCGUUUGUACUCUCUCUCUGUGGACAACUUCAAUGAGGUUCUUGAGGAGUAUCCUAUGAUGAGAAGAGCCUUUGAGACUGUUGCCCUGGACCGGCUGGACCGAAUUGGGAAGAAAAACUCCAUUCUUCAGCACAAGGUACAACAUGAUCUCAGCUCGGGGGUACUCAACUACCAAGAGAGUGAGAUCAUCCAGCAGAUAGUGCAACACGACAGGGACAUGGCCCACUGCGCCCACCUCAUGCAGAACGCUCCCCCACAGACACCCCCAUCCCCAACCCCUGUCAUCUGGGCCCCCCUCAUCCAGGCACCCCUCCAGGCUGCUGCUGCCACAACCUCAGUGGCCAUUGCGCUGACGCAUCAUCCCCACCUUCCACCAACACUCUUCAGACCUCCGGUCUCUGUUCUUGGUUCCCUAAAGGAUCCAUCUACUAGAUUCCGAAAGUUUCAACCAUUUGUUUCUUCAUCUACAGCACCUGGCUCUUCUGGGGACUCUCUCUCUAGUACGCCCUCGAAGCUGCACUCUGGGGUGGACAUGCCAUUGCUGGCCUCCUUUCGAGCUCAUCAUAUGACAUCGGGCUCUGGGACAAUUGGUUCAACCCGGCAAAGCUCAGGUUUGGGAGGCCAGCGUGGACCUAAUGGGACCAAGUCCAGUGAAGGGGGGACAAAUGUGUUCAGUUUUGGUCCACACUCAUCCUCUGGUUCUCCCUCUUCUAGUAUGGCGCAGCUUCACCCACAACCACAGUAUCAACAACCCUUUCGAUCCAGCACCCCACCCCUUUCAAAUCUCUUCCAUCAAGCACCUACAGGGGGAAGCACAGGGUCAGGACUAAGUGGGGGAGCGGUUGGAGCAUGUGCGGGUGCUACAGGGUGGUCUUCAGGAGGCGCAGCUGGAAGUUCUGUUGAAGGGGGCUCCGACGCAGACACUGCUUGGGCUGGGGAGGACUUCACAACUGGGGUAACAGACAAUACUUCUAGAGGGCACUUUGAAUUGAAAGGAGCCACUGAUGGAUCAAUACAUGGAACUUCAGGGGAUAUAGUGGGUGGAGUUUCAGAAGGCUCAAUGGGAGCUGCUUGUAGUAGGUUCACAGGUGGAGCUUCAGGCGCAUCAGGGUCAGGUGUCACAUGUGGUUUAAUACAGGACAAAACCAAGAGAUCAAUUGGAGAGACUUUGAGAGGGUCAACUGAAAAAGCUUCCAGGGGAUCAGUGAGUGGGACUUCACAAGAAUCACUGCUACUCACAAACCCAAGGGGAUCAUUAGGGAGGAUCAGUGAUGGAUCAUUAGGAUCUGUUUUUGAUGGGGCCUGUGGGGGGACAUUUGGAGGCAUUUCUGUUGAAAUGCCAGCGGGGAAUUCAACAGGAUUGUUAGGGAGGUCUUCCACUGGAUCAGCAAGUAGCCAUAUAGGAGGAGCCUUGAAUGAGCCAGGAGAAACUACUAUUGGUGGACCUACUGGAAGAAUGAUAGGAUGUGCGGUUGGAACCCAGAUGGCAGCAUCUACAACUUUACCUGGUUUACCUUUAAGUGGAAUUACAUCAGGACUCGUUGGGUCCUCUUUUUGUCAGAGUCCUCUAUCUACCAGUCCAUCCAACCUUAUGUCUAGUCAGAUUCUCCCGAACCAACCACAUCCCAAGCCUCCGCAGCAGUUUGCUGGAGGCGGUAGGACUACCAGUGGCAUAAACCUCUUCCAGUCACCCUCGCAAGGUUCCCCAUCUUGUGUUAGAGGACAACAAACUCAACAGCCUACUGCUAGUUCCCCACCUUCCAUCAGCCACUUUAGUUUGGCAGGCCUCCAGUCUGGCUGCUUGCCUCACCAGAUGUCACUGGAGAAGUCUGCAUUGGCCUCCUUGGCUCAGUAUGGUUCAGCAAACGCCUCUCCUUGCCUUACCCCAGUAGCACGCAGUCCAACUGUACAAAGUCCAGUGGCUGGCAGGACUUUUCAAUACAGCGACCCAUCAAGUAUUGCAGGAUCCCACAGUUCUUUGCUCAUGCCUCAGUCUCCUCUCCUUUCACAGCUUCCCAGCCUGCCACAAACAUCAGGGAGAGAUUCUCCACUGGCUCCAUUUUCUGAGGACCUAAAGAGUUUAUCCAGCUCACACCCAUCUUUACCCCAGGAGGUGGCCCCGGCCCUGAGCCACCAAGCUCCUUGCACCUCUGUGGAAUAUUACCCUUCGCCAUUUUCCUCACCUACUCUUGUGCCCAAACCCUGUAGCUCAAUACCAGGACAUAUGACUCCCCCAAAACAGGAGUCACUGGGGAACCUUCACCAGACUCAGUCCCCUAGAUCUUCUACAGCACCUCCUCCACGGAGGGGCUCUGGUGUCUACCUGUCAGAUCUAGAACCUCAAACUGCUCGUUCUAAGCUUCCUUCUAAUUUGUGAGGUUCGAUCACACCCUCCUGUGCUUCCCUGAAAUGAAACACAUAACUAUCAGUACUCAGAUUAUUUUAUGUUGUCAGACUCCAUUGUGUUCCACCUCUCAUUUUACCAGGAUCUUUAAAUUUACUGUGAAUCAAAAAUAUUUUUAUCAGGAAACUCAGAGCUGUAGGGUAAUCCUUGUUUGUUUUAUACACUGUUGAUUUUAUUCACAUAUGCUGUAUAUACGCAGAGAUAUAUAUUAAACUCAUAAGUUAAGUAAGGGGCUCGGAGGGUGUGAAAGUGAUCUCAAGGACAGUCGUUUUCUCUAUUUGUAAGACUAUGCCGAAUUAAUUUCAUUCUAUUUGGGAAGUGAAUCAAUGGAAUACAGAAAAAAAAAAGUUUUUUUAUUGCAGGAACCUAUGCACUAAAACCUGCAUGUAUAAAGGCUUUUGCGUGUUUUAAGAUGACUAUCAAAAUAAUUUCUAGCUCAAAAAACAUGAUUUGAGACACAUUGACUCUUGUACCUUUUCAUUUAGGAUCACACAUUGUUGAUCCUUAAAUGUACUUAUUAGAUUGUGCUUAUUUAUCCUCUGUAUAAACCUUUCAACACCUUGAACGAUGGCGAUGAGAUUUUAGGAUACCAAAAAGACUUUUCCUGUGAAAACACUAUUUACUUCUCCAGGGCCCACGAUUCCUCUUUUAUAACACUUUGUUGUAUUCAUGCUGGUAUUUGAAGCAGAGUAAGAGGGGUUUGCUGAGCUACCCUCUGUCUCAGUGUUUCAUCAUAAGAGUAUGUGACGGACGACCUUUCUGCAGUGUCCUCAACCAUAUUCUAACAAGCUCACCUUGUCUUCCAAGCUCUUGACACUUAAGUGUAUUAAGUUUGUAUUGUUUCUCUUCCGGGCCUUGCUCAACUGUUAAUGUAUGAGUGUAGCAACAAGUGUGGAUAAGUUGAAUGGAAGGGAAGAGUUUUGUCAGACUGAUCAAAAAUAAGUUUGCCUUUUUUUAAGCAAAACCUAGGACUUCCAAUAGCCACUUUGUGUGAUGCGUUACGUAGCACUCGAAUCAUAAAGAAACACCUCUACAUUUGAUAGUAAUAAAGCUCAUUGGAAAAGUGAUAAAGAUUACGAUGCAAACUUGAUUUUUUUUCUGUCUAUAAGGAUCCAAAAAGAGUUUCAAAACAACAAAUUCAA